AUUUGAAAAGUGAAAAUUCUGAAUAAAUCGAAUCUUAAGUUUGUGAAAAUCAAUCAAUGGGAAGGAGAAAAGAGCGUAAACUUGCAGCAAAAGGUGCCGCCGGUCGGAGAGUUAAGCUCGAUCUCUUCGCGGAACCCCCUGCAAUUUCGUUUGCUUGAUAGGAGAUUUAGGUGGCUCCUCUGUCCAAGAUGAAGUUGGAGGGGAAGAAGAAUCCAAGAUUCAUGCCGAGCUACCUAAUUCACCAUCGUCUUCAGGUGGGUUCCGUCAGUUUUCUUCCAAAGGACUUGUAGAGAAGACAUGAUGUGACCAAUAAUGUUGGUGGAAAUUAUUGAUUUACUUUGUAGAAGACAUCUUGUUUGUACCACAAAAGUUUAUGUUUUCAGAAUGUAGCCUGCUGUGGUAUUGGGAACUUUCAAUUGGUCAUCAGUUACCGUCAGCCCCUGCCACAGUCAAUUAUUGAAUACGUCUUACCUAUCAUGCCUUUUUUGGCGGCAUCAAAGGCGUACUGAUUACAACAAGAGUAUUUCCUCUCCUCGGUCAAGAACCGGAGAAUCCUCUUAUGCUGCUUGGGCAAUAUAGUGACGAUGAAGUGGAUGAGGAGUCAGUUGAAGUACUUAAACGUGCUGCUUCAGAGGAUUCUUCUCUUGAUCAUGAAGACAAGGGAAAGCACUCUGGCGACGACGAGACUAAUGUUAAUGGGGAAAUUGGUUCUACUGUUAUGGAAGUUGAAGAGAAAGCUAUUGACAAUGGCUCUGAUCUACUAAGUCCCUCAGAUAGACCUGCAGAAGAUAGUGCUAGAGAAAACAAUGCUUCUGUCUCAGUUGAUUUACAUGCACAGUUGAGCGUGUUGGAUCAGAUUACUGCCCCUACAACUUCUGAUGCACAGGCUCUAGGGGAUGCAAGUGCGGGGUGGAAGAUGGUGUUGCACGAAGAGAGUAACCAGUACUAUUAUUGGAACACAGUAACAGGCGAGACUUCAUGGGAAGUGCCUCAGAUAUUGGGUCAUGCAGUUGAACAGAGGUUAGAAGAGAAAGUUACUGCUGAAACUGAAUGCAUGGGCCGCACCACCUUGGAGAACUUAGAACCCUCUGCAAAAAUGGAUAUGGACACUAGACAGACUAGUGUCAGCUACAGCGACAUCAAUGAAUACAGGAAGCCAACAGAUGACGACCUACAUGAUAAAAAAAGAGACAAUGAUGAGGACCAGAGUGGCACAAUAAAUGGCUUUGAACAAAUUGAUUCACAGUGCAAUGAAAUAUCUUCUCCUGAUGGAUCUCUUUCUUCAGGGAAAUCAGAUCAUGCUCCUGAAGGUAAUUUGAAUGGGCCAGGUGAAGAUUUUACAAAAUGCAGCGAUGCAGAUUAUGUUCCGGAAGGUGAAGCUGAGGCAGACUUUUCCUCUGACCUGGUAAAACAUUGUGAACGUUUGCUAAAGCAACUGGAGACCAUGAAAGGGUCUGAAUUUUACGUACAGUAUGAUCGAAUUUCAAAAUAUGCAUUGGAACUUGAGAUUAGGCUAGCUGAUAUAAGGUCCUUAGCCUGUAAUGGGCUUUCAUUACUUCCCUUCUGGGUGCACUCUGAGAGGAAGAUAAAACUGUUAGAUUCAGAAAUAAAUCAACUUUGUGGGCUAUUCUUAUCUGGACAACAGAAUGAUGUUGAGGCUGAUCAUGUAUCCCACAGAGGCAGUGAUAAUGUAAAUGAUGCAAAUGGAGAGAGUUCAAGCUGUCCUGCCACCACUGGUGAUGCAAGUGAGGAAAGUGGAGCCACUGGGGUACAUGAAGAUUUAACUCCUCAAACAGUGCUUCAUCCGGCUGAGGAAGUAGACAUGGAUGUAGAUAUGGAAGUUGAAGAUACAGAACCUUCAGAGCAACAGACAAAAUUGGAGUCCUCAAUCCUGGAACAAACACCUAAUGUUCCUCCUCCACCUGAUGAAGACUGGAUUCCUCCUCCACCUCCUGAUAAUGAACCUUUUCUGCCACCACCACCUGAUGAGCCUGUAGAUCAUACACAUGCUGUUCCUUCAAAUAUGGAAUCAGUUCAAUCUUUUCCUUACAACUUAGCUUAUCCGGGUUCAACAUUUGAUUACUAUGGGCAAACUAAUCCUGAAAUUGCUAGUAGUUUAUAUGGAACUUCUGAUGGUCAGAUAGCUGUUACUCAUCACCCUUUAUAUUAUCAAAUCCCAACUACAUAUAGUGUGACUCCUGUGGCGAUCAACCAUGUUGACCCCAGUGCAUACUAUGGCCAUCAGGAUGGAGCACUGCAGCCUGUCUCUGUUGUCAGUGGUACAGAGUCUUCUGGUCUUCCAGCUAUACCAGUUCAUGAAACUGUUGCCCCUGAUGCAACUCCAUCCUUAGAUGUUAACAAGGGGUCACGAUCUGAUUUAUCAGCAAAAUCUGAGGCUGAUGUACCUGCUGAUUUGGAGAAUGAAAAGAUAUAUUUUGAUGUUCCUGCCACACAAUCCUCUUUAGCUACAGAAACCGUAUCAGCAAUGGAGGGUGUUGGUGUGUCUUCAACAUCUGUCGCCAGUGGCGCUGUUGCUACUGCUUCAACUGCUCCCUCAAAGGUUCCAUCAAAAGUUUUGCGUAAAAAGCGGACUGUGGGUGUGGUAUCCACAUUAAGGUCUAAUAAGAAAGUGUCGAGCUUGGUUGACAAGUGGAAAGCUGCCAAAGAGGAGCUGCAUGCAGAGGAGGAAGAAGAACGUGAAAGUGCUCUUGACAAGUUGGAGAAGAAACGACAACGAGAAAUAGAGGAAUGGCGUGCUCAGCAAAUUGCAAGUGGGGAGGCCAAAGAUAACGCUAAUUUCCAGCCACUUGGCGGCGAUUGGCGAGAGCGUGUGAAACGAAAAAGAGUAGAAAAGAUGAGGGAGGCUGAAAAGCAACUAUCUGAAGAAAAUGAGCAGCCUGAUCUGGAUGUCAUUUCAAGAGGUCUUCCAUCUGGAUGGAAGGCUUAUUGGGAUGAUUCGACGAAGCAGGUCUAUUAUGGAAAAGCUGUGACAUCAGAAACGUCCUGGAAUAGACCAACUAACUGACGAGGAUCAAUAGGAGUUCCUAUAUUACAUACUUUUUAUAACACCAGUGGUUCUAAUAUUAUUAGCAGUUGCUAUCUUGUAUAUAUGUAAGGUUGUAGUGAUGUGAUCCAGCAGUAGCUGUUUUGAACUCGAUUUGAUUUCUUAAUGAGUUCUAAAGUUCUGUUUUUGUUAGAGA